AUGUAUAAUGAAGCAGAGAAAUUUGUUGAGGCACGUUAUAUUUCGCCCCCUGAAGCAUGUUGGAGGCUGGCUGGAAAUGAAAUCCAAAGGAAAAGCCAUUCGGUGCAACGUUUGGACAUCCAUCUAGAAGGUCAGUACCGUGUGGGAAACAUGGAACAGACACAAGAAGAUGUAGCGGACACUGGCCUGAAAGGGUCCACCUUAGAGGCGUACUUUAAACACAACUCUAAACUUCACAUAGAAGAAGAGAAUGGGAAUGAAGUAAUCUACUACUUCUACUGGCAGAUGCCAGAAAAGUACAAAUGGUUAGGCAAAACAAGUGAAUGGGUGGUACGACAGCGAAGCUCAAAAACGAUUGGAAGGAUCCACACUGUGAACUUGGUGGCCCAACCUGAACUUUAUCACUUAAGAAUGCUCCUCUUCCAUACCAAAGAUGCCAAAAGUUUUGAAGACCUUAAAUUUGUAAAUGGGACUGCCUAUUCCACUUAUAAACAAGCAUGCCUAGCAAAAGGCCUUACAUAUGAUGACCAGCAAUGGAUUGAUGGGCUGCGGGAAUCCGCUUUGUCAAAGAUGCCGAGUGUCAUGAGGACACUCUUUUGUCAAAUCUUGAUUCUCGGAUCACCAGAAAACCCUAAACGUCUCUGGGAUAUGUUUAAGGACGAGUUGGCAGAAGAUUUUCUUAGAGAAGCAGAGAUUUCUGGAACCCCUCUAGAAGAUUCUUACAACAGAGCAUAUAGAAUCAUAGCUUACAAGCUAAAUACUGAAGCUACAGAAGGCCGAAACUUCCAAUUUUGGGUGGAAAACUAUGGUAUGGAUGACAUUCAGAAUUUUCAAGACGAAGGAAAUGAAGAAACCCACAAUGUCAGCGAAUUAGAAGCCAUUGGUCGCAGACAAUAUAGCGAUUUGAAUAACGAACAAAAAGACUUUGUUGAUGCUGUUAUGAAAGCAAUAGAAGACCCGAUGAGUUGCAUCCCCAAGUGUUUUUUCCUCGAUGGACCAGGAGGUACAGGGAAGACAUACGUGUACAAUACCCUCUACCAUCUAAUUCUUGGAAAAAAUCUUAAUGUAAAAUGCAUGGCAUAUACCGGCAUUGCAUCAAUCUUGCUACCUGAAGGACGUUCUACCCAUAGGACUUUUGGUCUAAAAGUUCCAUUGACUAGCGAUUCUAAAUCAUCAAUUCAGCCAGGCACUCAGAAGGCCCAAGAACUGGCAGAAGUAGACGUAUUUAUGAUGGACGAAGCACCAAUGCUACCAAAAUAUGGCCUAAGUUGUAUUGACGGACUCCUGCGAAGCUUAGGAAACAGAAACUUGCCUUUUGGAGGAAAAACUAUGAUCCUAGGAGGAGACUUCCGCCAAUGCCUUCCAGUCCAGCCUAGAGCAAAUCGAUCUGAGCUGAUCGACCUUUCUGUAAAACGUUGCAGUAUUUGGAAGUUUUUCAAGCUCUUCUCUCUUCAUCAAAACAUGAGAGUCAAUCUCGAUGAAAGUGCAUUUGCUGGAUAUCUCCUUCAACUUGGAAAUGGAGAUUUGCCCACCAACAAUGACUGUGAAAUAAAUAUUCCCGAUGACAUUAUUUCAAAUGGAAAUAUUGUUGAACAAAUAUAUGGCGAUUGCCUAGCCAACAGAGAUUACAAUGCUAUGAGAGAUAGAGCCAUCCUUGCACCUUUAAAUAGAGAUGUUGAUAAUAUCAAUAACGAGAUCAUCCAAAUUAUCCCUGGACAAGAAACAAUUUAUAAAAGUUUUGAUUCAGUAAAAGAUGAACCUGAUGGAGCUCUCAAAUUCCCAACUGAGUUUUUAAACUCAAUUGAAAUAUCAGAUUUACCACCUCAUGAACUCCGACUAAAAAACAACGUCGUUAUAAUGUUACUCAGAAACCUAGACGUGACGGAGGGUUUAUGCAAUGGCACAAGACUGAUUGUCACGGAGUUGUGUCCGAACAUUAUUAAGGCUAAAAUAAUUACUGGCAGUCAUUCUGGUCGAGAUGUACACAUUCCAAGAGUCACUCUGGAUUCGAGCAAGUGUCAACUCGGAUGUUCGCUGCAAAGACAUCAGUUUCCAGUUCGACCAGCUUUUGCUAUGACCAUCCAUAAGUCUCAAGGCCAAACCUUUCAGUCUGUUGGUGUUGUGUUAAACAACCCCGUAUUCAUGCAUGGGAUGCUCUAUGUAGCUUUCUCCAGAUUCAUUGAUAUAGAUCAGAAACAGCACAGGUCCGAGGACAGAUCCCUGGGGAACCCCACAAGUGACGGUGUCCCGAGAGGAGACAAAGGGUCGAGCACACCCAGAACUGUCAACACCUCUGACCUCAACGAAUUGCUCCCUCUUUCUAAGGUAUGA